AUGCGUAUGGAUAUUACCCAGGCAAGUGAGGUUGUUUUGAGCCCGGGUCGAUUGGAGGCUGUGAUAGAUAAAACGAAUUUGCCUACUGGUGGCGUUGAGUAUUGUGUUGUGUUGGCUGAUUAUAGCAUUGUUGUUUCCAACUAUUCCAAAAUUCAUCGAAACCUUUGGAGGGACUUGAAAGGAUUGGUUGUGGGUGAGAACAGAUUGCGUAUUGUUUGCCAGAAACUAUCCAUUCAAGAUAAUGCUGAGAUUAUGCCCGAAUCAGAGGCUUCUGUUUGGGUGCUGAAACCCUUGCUGGCUCGUUUUGAUUGUGUUAGCCUGGGCUUUUUGCUGCCUUGGAGUUAUACUCAGCUGGAAAUGGCCGGGCCGGAAUGCUUGACGAAUGCUGGUUACGUGCACCCGUUCCCAAUAAGUGUGACUAUAGAUGAGGUUUCUAAGACAGCUAUUUGUUAUAUACUUAAGAACUGUCUAUCUGGACCAAUCAGGUCUUUGAUUAUCACUGGCGUUUCGGACACAGAUGUAGAUUAUCUCGAUAUCCCUAACUGGCACGAAAAGUACACCAUUGGAUUGUUUGGUUGCUUGUGGUUGAACCGGAUCGUAUUUCCUAAGAAUAAUACCCCAGAUAAGGUCUGUAUUUCAUUAGGCUUGUUUGUUGAUUCUGCUAGUUUUCAGAUUGAGGGACUAGUUGGGUUUUUGAGCUCCCAUCCAAAUAUUGCUUUGUCCUUGUCAUGGGAAGCUUUCGUGGUUAUGGCUUCUAGUCAGGCCGAAGUAGAGUUGCCUUUGCGUAUUACCAGACUUAGAGUUUUUGGUGACUCCUUAUUUAAGCCGUGUGUUGUUUCUACUGAGACUAGGCCGGUGUGGCUGGAGGCUUUGUAUAGUGAACUUAUAUUUACAGAUGUUAUACUCUGUGGCCGACAAGAGUACUUGCUAGAGAUAGCACGGGCGAAGUGCCUUACACCUUAUGGAGUUAAAGUGGGUGAUAUAAGCUUAGUGGCGGCUAAUGCACCGACUGAUUUUGUGGAUGCUACCAUAAGAAGGUUAGUACGGCUGGGGAUGGAUGCCAAAGCAGCUAGUUGCUGGAAGAAUGUUGAUUGCCGAGUAGAAGGACAGCGUGUGCCGGGGUUAACUAUACCGCCCUUUGAAAUUGAUGUGAGUGCCGAUCGUCUGGCGAGACAUAUUCAAAGGUACAGAAAAGGGACCGGCCGCUUCUUUUGCCAGCACCUAACCUAUCAGCAGAUAACUCUUACAGGAAAAGCGAGCCCGGCCAUGAAUGAGGAAGCUAAUCUGAAAGAACUUUUGACUUUAUUUGGAGACAUUAGAGCCACUCGACUAGUAAUUAAGAACAUUCGCCUAAACCAGGCAGGGAAGUGCUUCUUGAAUAAUCCACGAUUGCAUCGACCAAGUAGCCAAGCCAGCGAUCAAACAGCUCUGAAAUACUUAGGAGAAAAUCAGAUAGGAAAAGAUCGAACGACUAUUACUGAGUUGGUUUUUGAUAAUGUUGAGUUGUCAGUGGCCGCGUUCGUUAUUGAGCGGUAUCUUUUUCUAAACCCAGUCUCUAUCUACAUCCAAGCGCCUAUUAUCUCGGAAAAGGGAAUAGUCAAAUUAGUUGCGCAUUUAGCCAAAGAUAACGUAGCCCAAAUACUUAUUGAGGUUAGUCAGACGGAGUUACCAAUACUCGUGGGAAAUGUAGGCGCAGUUAGUUCUAGUUUGGAUAAGCUCUAUUUGGAUGUGGUGGACUUGGACCACUACAGUUGUUUAGCCAAAUUAAAGGAAAUCAAUGCGCCAGUAGAACUUCAAGACCAUUUGGCCAUGGGACUAGCCCAAUACUUUCAAAUGCUAGAUAAAAUUAGUCUGGAAUGUCACUACCAGAAAUAUCAAAGUAUUAUGAUAUGCUUCUCCUCAAUGGCAGAGUUAGAGACUGAUUUGCAGAACUGUUUGAAACAGCAGGAUCAAUCGGUUCUAAUGGUUUCAGUUAAAUGUGUAUGGCUGAAAAUUGAUAGCGUCUGUUUUUCGGCUGCGCAGCUACAAAGUAUCUUGCAAUGGGUGAGUGGCCGAUUUACCGGUGUAGAGUCUAUUUAUCUCAAAUUCCCCUCAUUGCACCAGAAGGUCCAUGCACACUUGAGCCAAAAUGGAAUUAUAGCGUACAACCUCCCCGAUCUAACUAAGCUUCAAAUUAAAGCAACAACAAUUUUGGCCCAAUCUUCAGCGAACAUAGAAGCUAGCAAUAAUCUAGCCAAUCCAAUAUAUGUUGAUGUUGUGCAAGCGAGUGAGUUGGGGGUUAGUGAGCACACUUUUGCCGAUAGUAUUGUUCUACUCUCCUUGGAAACCGCCAAGAAGUUAAGGAAAUGCUCGCUGGACAGUCGAGCCUUAGCUCAAACAAAGCACAAACGGUUCUACGAGCACAUAUCGCUCUAUUUAGGCUCUACUAAUUGGGAUGAUCUUAAAUGUGGCGUGUGUUUAUUGGGAUUUGCUGCGGAAGAAACGAAGCCGGCCUUGGAUGUUUGUGUCCUGUUGUGCAGCCAUAUAAUAUGUCUUGGCUGUGCUGCAAGACUGGUUCAAUCCUAUACACUUCAGGACUUAGAUGAAUACCAAGGCCAGUUACCGGAUGUAUUUAAGGGUAUUGUAUGUCCUAUUUGCCGCAACAUAACCGGCUUCCUUACCAAGCUGGUGGGCAUUUCACUAUCUUCAGGCAGAGGCCAGGAGGAAUUUGAAAGUCGCACAAUUCCUAGCGUUUUCUUACACGCACUGGCUGAUGCCCGAAUUUGUCACAUGCUUUUGGCAAGGCACGCCGACAGUUAG